UACGGGCCUGAAUCUCCCUACCACCUUCUGCUUUCUGGAGGGGCACCUUCAACCGGCUCCGUGGUGCACUGGCAGGGGCUUCCUUAGUUUUAAAGGACAAUUGGAAAUAACAGACUAACACAGACACAAUGUCUUUUCUGACUGUCAGUAGGUUAGCACCUAAACUGCUCAAUUCAAAGAAUGCCACCUCCUUCCUUGUGGCUGCCAGAAAUGCCAGCGCAACAACAACAACAAAUCUGAAGGAUGUUCUGGCAGACCUCAUCCCCAAAGAACAGACCAGGGUCAAGAACUUUAAACAACAGUAUGGCAAAACCAACAUAGGACAGGUUUCUGUUGACAUGGUCUAUGGAGGUAUGAGGGGCAUGAAGGGUCUGGUGUACGAGACCUCCGUGUUGGAUCCUGAUGAGGGCAUCCGUUUCCGGGGCUACAGCAUUCCAGAGUGCCAGCAGCUGCUGCCUAAAGCUCCAGAAGGUGCAGAGCCGCUGCCUGAGGGCCUCUUCUGGCUGCUGGUCACGGGACAAGUGCCCACUGAGGAGCAGGUGAGCUGGGUGUCCAAAGAGUGGGCGAAGAGAGCAGCCCUCCCCUCUCACGUCGUCACCAUGUUGGAUAAUUUCCCCACAAACCUGCACCCCAUGUCUCAGUUCAGUGCCGCCAUCACAGCUCUGAACAGCGAGAGCAGCUUUGCCCGGGCGUACUCUGAGGGCGUCCACAAGUCCAAGUACUGGGAGUUUGCCUAUGAAGACUCCAUGGACUUGAUCUCCAAGCUGCCCUGCAUUGCCGCCAAGAUCUACCGCAACCUGUACCGCGAAGGCAGCAGCAUCGGAGCCAUCGACUCGAACCUGGACUGGUCCCACAACUUCACCAACAUGCUGGGCUACAGCGAUGCCCAGUUCACUGAGCUGAUGAGGCUCUACCUCACCAUCCACAGUGACCACGAAGGAGGAAAUGUCAGUGCACAUACCAGCCACCUGGUGGGCAGUGCGCUGUCUGACCCCUACCUUUCCUUCAGCGCUGCCAUGAACGGUCUGGCCGGUCCUCUGCAUGGCCUCGCUAAUCAGGAGGUACUGGCGUGGCUGACUGCCCUGCAGAAGGAGUUGGGCGGAGAGGUGUCUGAUGAGAAGAUGAGGGAUUACAUCUGGAACACUCUGAAGUCUGGAAGGGUUGUGCCAGGCUAUGGUCACGCUGUCCUGAGGAAGACCGACCCACGUUACACCUGUCAGCGCGAGUUCGCCCUGAAGCACUUGCCCAAUGACCCCAUGUUCAAGAUGGUGGCCCAGCUGUACAAGAUCGUGCCCAACGUGCUCCUGGAGCAGGGCAAGGCCAAGAACCCCUGGCCCAAUGUGGACGCCCACAGUGGAGUGCUGCUGCAGUACUACGGAAUGACGGAGAUGAACUACUACACCGUGCUGUUCGGCGUGUCCCGAGCCCUCGGCGUGCUGGCUCAGAUGGUGUGGAGUAGAGCCCUGGGCUUCCCCUUGGAGCGCCCCAAGUCCAUGAGCACAGACGGACUGAUGACACUGGUGGGAGCCAAGUCCGGCUGAAGAACCACCUGGAGAAGAGCUGGGGGGUUAGUGUGAAGGGUGGGGAGGAGGUGGGAACAUCAAAAGGCAGACAUAAGUGUUUGACCUCCUGUCAUUUCCAACCCCAGGGAUUCAAAGAGACAGUACGCUUUUAAUGUCAUUUCACAAAAGAAGGGCCUUUUUUUUAACCGUCACACUAUUUGUUUGAGUGCAUUUAGUUUAAAAAGACAAGUUUUCCCGUAAGGUCUCCAACACUUCAGACACAUAAAUGUAACCUAUAGUAGGCUCAAACUAUGUACCGUUAUAAGUCUGCUAGCAUCCCCUGUGCAGCGCCUGUGUGUUUGUCACUGGGCACCGGGUCUGGACUAUGACUAGGCAGUGGCAUCCAAAGGGAAUUGUGGAAGUAAAUAAACGCUUCCUUUGUAUUUGUUUAAAGAUCUAAAGUUAAAUGCGUGACUCAACCUUUUCCUUUUUUUUGGCUAAUGCCAAUUUUGUUUUAGAGGAUAUCCAGAAGCAUAAGACCCUUUCCCUCCAAUUAAGGCUCCCCGCUUAGAUUCUUCUAUGCAACGUUCCCAGACGUUGUCCCUCCCAGUCUAUCCAUGUGUUUCACUCCCAUUUAUGAACACUCCAGCUUACAAUUACGGUCCUCACCAAUAAAAUUAACCAGCUGUUCAAGAUAGAUAUUCAAAAAUCAUGAAAAUCGGUUCAAAGAUACUGCCCCUUUAAAUCGUUGGUCCCUCCCUUUUCUCCAACUUGUGGUUUCCCUUUUUUUCUUUUUUAUGAUGACCUGCAUUGCCUCUAUGAUCAAAAUAACUGACUUGUCUAUAUAGAAAUUCUUCUUCUUCCUGUUUUGUAAUGGUUCUCUGCUCUCCUGACUGGUGGAGGAUGCAGAAUGUACAGUCACAGUAAAGACAAAGGGUGUUGUAAUCGGCAGCCUGUAGUAAAUCCUUAAGAGCAAGCUUGAAUACAAUAAAGUGAGAUCGGGGGGGUUUGUAUUUGUGUAAGUCCGGUCUUAUUUGAGUGUAUGUUUGUGACUUUAUCCCCACAAGAGAGCGCUUUAAACAUCAACCAAAAUGAGCACUUGCUUGAUCGGAUUUCCUAAUUUGUAGUAGUAGAGGACCCCCCCCCCCAGGUUGAUUGUGUCCCUUUUACAGAGUUUUUUUGGUGUUGAAAAUGUGUAAAACUAUAAUCUUUGGGUUCUCAUUUUGUAGUUUUAUUUAUACUUUGUGUACAUAGGGGUAUAAUAUGUAUAGCUUGAAUGUAUGAGCUCUGUGCGAUCACUUGCUUGUAAUGACCACAAUGAUUACCGUAGUUUACCAACAAUGUAUUGUCCAGCCUCACUGUGACAUUCUGACAACGAACAAAAAGACAACCCGCAGCUAUCUUGUAUAUACACGAUUUCUUGCCUUGCUCUGUGGGCUUAGCCGGUGCUGUUUUUCAGGUGUUUCACUUGAAUGUUUCAAGCUUGCUCUUAAGUGCUGGGUUUGUCAACACUCCAUUUUUGUGUAGUUUAAAUUCUUGCAUCCUUUUUUUUUUUUUUUUCUUGCCGUAUGAGUCAGUAAUUCACUCUGUUUGGAUCUCUGCUCUGCUACCACCUUCCUUCUGGCUUUUAUCAGGCGUGUUUGUGUUUUUCCUUGUGGGGUGUUCAAGAGACGUGGUUAUUUUGAUCGUAGAGGAACAGUUGUACAUGAUAACUGGGAGCAUUCGGUGCAGGUGGAUUCAUCAGAGAAACACUUUGGGAUUGGGGUUGGAUGUAUCAAAAGGGCAAGUUAAACUUGAGGAAAACCUAACAAAAAAAUGAGAAAAAGAAUAAAGGUUUUUAUUAACAUU